AUGGGUAAAGAAUUACGGCCAUUUUUUGCAACCAAUCUACCCCCAUGUCCUUUACACAGUGACCGAGGACAUUCAAAAGCAGUGCCUGACCCUGGUUUCUUUUUUAUUUCCAGGGACACAAGGAGCAUGGGUGUCUUUACCUCAGGCGCUGAUAUCUUCCUAGGUCUCUGGGGGAUGUAUGUGUCUCCACGAAGCCCUGGAUGGAUGGACUUUAUCCAACAUUUGGGAGUGUGCUCUUUUGUUGCUCUCAUUUCAGUGGGCCUCUUGUCUAUGGCCUUUUCCGGGUGUCUGUCCACAUUCAUAGCCUUUAGCUCCUCCUGGAUGGUCACUUGUGUUCUGCUUUGCUGCUCCAAGCAUGCACGAUGUUUCAUUCUCCUCUUCUUCCUUUCCUGUGGCCUGCGGGAGGGCAGGAAUGCCUUGAUUGCAGCUGGCACAGGGAUAGUAAUCUUAGGACACGUGGAAAAUAUUUUUCAUAACUUCAAAGGUCUCCUGGACAGUAUGACUUGCAACCUAAGGGCCAAGAGCUUUUCCAUACAUUUUCCACUUUUGAAAAAAUAUAUUGAAGCCAUUCAGUGGAUUUAUGGCCUUGCCACUCACCUAAGUCUAUUUGAUGACCUUAUUUCUUGGAACCAGACUCUGGCAGUCUCUCUUUUCAGUCCCAGCCAAGCCCUGGAGGCACAGCUAAAUGACACCAAAGGCCAAGUCCUGGGUGUCUUGUACCAGAUGGUGACGGCAACAGAGGUAUUGUCCUCCCUGGGACGGCAGCUCCUUGCCCUAGCAGGGCUUUUGCUGGUGCUACUUGGCACUGGCCUCUUCAUGAAGCGAUUUUUGGACCCUUGUGGUUGGAAGUUUGAAAAUAUCUUCAUCACUAAACAAUUUGUUCGGUUCGAUGAAAUGGAGAGGCAACUACAGAGGCCCUGUGUCCUCCCACUGAAUAAGAAGGAAAGGAAAAAACACGUUGUCAUCCCAUCUUUCUGGCCGUCUCCUAAAGAGAGGAAGAACCUGGGGCUGUUUUUCCUCCCCAUUCUUACCCACCUCUACAUCUGGGUGCUGUUUGCAGCCAUAGAUUAUCUUCUGUAUCAGCUCAUUUUCUCAGUGGGCAAACAUUUCCAAGGCUUGCCAGGGCUGGAGGUCCACCUGAAACUGCACAGAGAGGAGCAAGGAACUCAAGACAUCAUACAUGACUCUUCCUUUAACAUAUCUCUGUUUGAACCCACCUGCAUCCCCAAGCCAAAGCUCCUUCUGUCUAAGACCUGGGUUCCUCUCAGCAUUAUUCUUGUGAUACUAGUGGUGCUGGGACUGCUGUCCUCCAUCCUGACGCAGCUUAAAAUCCUGGUGUCCGCGUCCUUCUACCCCACCGUGCAGACGGAGCGCGUCCGGCACCUGCAUGUGAAGCUCCUGAAGAAGAGAGCAAAGCAGGCACUGGGAGGAGAAAACAGUAAACAGAAUCUCUACUUUACAAAGGCAAGGCAAGCCAAGAUGGCGAUGUAA